UGAUUCUGCAGCGUUGUGCUCAGGAAUUCAACUGCAGCAGGCAUAACGGAUGUUUCUCCUUUAACCUGAGAGUAUCACACAGUGUGGGACCUCACCUGCUCGCCCUCCCCCUCCACCUCUACCUUUAGUUUCAACCAACGCUGCACCUGUUGUGACUCGUCUGACAGGUGAAGGGGAUCCUUGAGCCCCCUGUUGUUUUUUCAGCUGACCCAAAUAGCAGGAUAAUUACUGGCCCCCGUCUAUUCAUUUAACUGGAUUACUCGUUUGCUUUGCAUCUUUCCCUCUGCAGCCCUCCUCCCUGCCUGACCCUCCCCUCUCCCCCUCCAGUGCUGUCUAGCCCAGUAAGUCUAAGCCCAGUCUGAUAUGACACAGUGAGGCUGUGUGGAGCUGAGGAAUACACCUCCCCUGCUGGAGAAGAAAGUUUGGAUCACACACAUUGAGGUUGAACUCUAGAUGCUCUAGGGGAUAAACAAGAGUGCACAGCUGAGGAAGGCGAGAUCAAAACCCAAACCAAAAGAUUUUUGCAGCUGGAAGAGCAGCAGGUAUGAAAAGCCAUGCUGUGACCAUCUCAGUGGCUUUGCUAGCCCUUUGCUGCUUGCUGUUUCCCAGAGGAGGGAGGAGUGCUGGGGGGAUAGUUUCUCUCCUGCAGUUCGAAGAAGAGAAGCGGUUGGAGGAUGAGGUGCAAGACCGGUCCCUGGAUGACCCUGAAAGUGAACAGGAACCUGGAGUGGAUCUGCUGCCACGAGGAAGCAUCAUCAGGGCAAAAAGAGACGAAGGGGCUGCACAGGCAGGAACUUUGGGCAGGGUGAGGAGAGCACCCGAUGAGAGCAAGAAGAAGAAGGACAAGAAAAAGAAAGAACCAAAGGACCCGAAUGCCACUAAAAAACCUAAAACUGAUAAAAAGUCUAAGAAGAAGGAGAAGCAGACUACCACCACCCUUCCUCCCACCACCACGACUCUCCCAACCGAACCGCCCACUGAACCUGACACAUUCCCGUACUUCGACCCAGACGCUGACAAUGAUUACUGGAAACCAGACGGUGACUACUGGGGGUCAGAAACCACCCCAUCUGCAGCCACAGAUCCCCCGUACGACGACUGGAAACCCAAAGGAGAAGAGCCCGCUGCGCCUGUGACAGACAUCUACGACGACUACUGGAAACCAGAGCAGGAGGCGUCCACCUCACCACCCAUUUAUGACGACUUUUGGAAGGAAGAUGAGAAUGAGCCAUACGUUCCUGUGACUGAUAGCUACGACGGCUACUGGAGGGAGCCGACCCCCGGUGCUCCUGAUGCUGGCGGGAAGACUGGAACAGAUGACGGUGAUUACUGGGAUGCCACAUUCGAGGUACCAGGAAAUCUACCUGAUGUUGAAGAGGUCAGCCCUGAAAUCGUAGUAGAAACUCUCCCAGAAGAACCUACAACUUUGGCUCCCUUUGAGAAGAACUGGUAUGAUGAUUACGAUGACUACGGAAGCAAGAGGAAAGAGGAUGAGACGGAUGAAAAGUGGAUUGAGAAAGAGAGGGAACAUGCCAAAAAGGAGAGGGAGAGGGAGGAGAGAGAAAGAACACAGAAACUGAAGGAGGCAGAGGAGCGAGCCAGGAACAGACCACGUGUCUUCAAAGAGCCAAAAAAAUGUCCUCCUCUGGGGAUGGAGUCCCAUAAGAUCGAGUCAGACCAGCUCUCAGCCUCCUCUGUGGCCCAGUAUUGGUUUGCACCUCAGAGGGCGCGCCUCAACAUGCAGGGUUCUGAAGAUGAGGAUAACCUGAGAGGCGGAGCAUGGUGUGCAAACUCCGAGGACAGGAUUCACUGGUUUGAGAUAGACGCUCGCAAGGAGACGGAGUUCACUGGAGUUAUCACACAAGGAAGAGAUUCCUCAAAUGCUUUAAAUGAGAGUGACUUUGUGACAUCUUACUUCCUGGCUUUCAGCAACGAUAGCAGAGAAUGGACCACAAUCCAUGAUGGAUACGCAGACUGGUUGUUUUUUGGAAACAACGACAAAGACACUCCUGUCAUGAACCGGCUUGCAGAGCCCGUGGUGGCGCGCUACAUCCGAAUCAUCCCUCAGAGCUGGAACGGCUCUCUCUGCAUGAGGCUGGAGGUCCUUGGCUGCCCGCUGUCUGACUCAGGAGAUGUUCUACACAGGCAAAAUGAAGUGACCCCAGUGGAUUACCUGAAGUUUAAACACCACAGCUACUCUGAGAUGGUUGCACUCAUGAAGUCGGUGAAUGAGGAGUGUGCCAACAUCACCAGCAUUUACAGCCUGGGCCGCAGCUCUAAAGGAAAGGAGCUCAUGGCCAUGAUCGUCUCUGGAAACCCCACAGAACAUGAAAUAGGUGAGCCAGAGUUUCGUUACACGGCUGGUCUCCAUGGAAAUGAGGCCGUGGGUAGAGAGAUGAUUCUGCUUCUCAUGCAGCACCUGUGUAAAGAGUACAACGACAGAAACCCCCGAGUCCAGCGUCUGGUGGAGGGAAUACGCAUCCACCUGGUGCCCUCGCUCAACCCAGACGGACACGAGCGAGCGUUUGAAGUGGGCUCAGAGCUCAGCAGCUGGACCUCUGGACACUUUACUGAGGAGGGCUUUGACAUCUUCCAGAACUUUCCAGACCUGAAUGGUUUCUUGUGGGAUGCUGAGGAUAAGGGCAUGGUGCCUAAACUCACCCCCAACCAUCACGUGCCCAUACCAGAAUAUUUGGAGACUAAUAGCUCGAUCGCCGUGGAGACCAGAGCCAUCAUCUCCUGGAUGCAAAGCUAUCCAUUUGUGUUGGGUGCAAACUUCCAAGGAGGCGAGAGGAUUGUGGCCUAUCCUUAUGACAACUUACGUCUCAACAAGCCUGCAGAGAGCCAGAAACCCCACAGCCGCGCAAAGAGACAGUAUGAGGAUGAAGGUUUUGACGUGACCGAGUGGGGACGAGGCUACCAAGAAGAGCCAGAAGAAGACUAUAGAAAUCAAGGAUACGAACAGCCAGAGGAGGAGUGGCACGGUCAUGGUCACAGCCAUGGCUAUGACCAAGGUUACGAUCACGGUUAUGAUCACGGUUACGACCACAGCUACAACCAGGGUUACGGCCACAGGGAGGAAGAAGAUGACGACAGAGGAAGGAGUGCUGGAUACCCAGACCCUGAGCCUGAAGAUGAGCCCCGAAUGACCUCAGACGAGUCUCUAUUCAGGUGGCUGGCCGUCUCCUACGCCUCCACACAUUUGACCAUGACGCACAGCUACCACGGAUCAUGCCACGGGGACACACCUGCUGGGGCUCUCGGUAUUGUAAACCGGGCCAAGUGGAAACCAGUGGAAGGCAGCAUGAAUGACUUCAGCUACCUGCACACCAACUGCUUUGAGCUGUCCAUGUUUCUGGGCUGUGACAAGUUUCCUCAUGAGAGCGAGCUGGCGUACGAGUGGGAGAAGAACCGAGAAGCAAUGCUCACCUUCAUGGAGCAGGUGCAUCGUGGCAUCAGAGGCAUUGUGAAGGACCUGCAGGGGAAUCCCAUUGCAAACGCCACCAUUUCUAUAGAAGGGGUUAAUCAUGAUGUCACUACAGCACCAGCAGGAGACUACUGGAGGCUGCUGAACCCAGGGGAGUACCGUGUGACGGCUCGAGCAGAAGGCUUCUCCCCUGUGACUAAACUCUGUGUGGUCGGCUACGAGUCCGGAGCAACCGCCUGUAGCUUCAACCUGGCCAAGUCCAACUGGGACCGCAUCAAACAGAUCAUGGCCCUUCACGGCAACAAGCCAAUCCGACUGAGCUACAGCAACAGCAGGACUCAGAACAGCGUCAGCAGCCACAGGCGGGGGGCGGAAAGCAGCAACAGUUUUUCUACAAACACCCAGAUGAGUCCUGAGCGGCGCAGGCAGCUCAAGAUCGCUCGUAUUCGUCGUCUCCGGCAGCAGAGGAGAAUGAGGUUUAAAUCAACAACAGAAACAGCAACAACAACAACAACGACAACACAACCACCUGCAACCACAAUCACUGCAACAUCGUGGUACGACUCAUGGGGCCAGUUCCCCACUGCGACGGUGGAUUUUAACUAUGAAUACAAGAUCGAUGACUAUUAAACACAAACCACACGUAUGCAUUAAAGGUCGUUCAAGAAUCAAACAAGAAAUCUUGUUUCUAUAACAAAAAGCAGUGAAAAUGAACAGAAUGUACUAAAAUAAAGUCUCUGGUCUGUCCUUUUCUAUUUCAGAAUUCCAAUUUAAAAUUAAUUCAUUGUUUUUUGUCAUUUGUUUAUUGAAAAGAUGUUUGUUGUGGGCACGUAAAAAAAACAGCUGAAUUAUGUAUAGAUUUCACUCAUGGCAGAAAUAUUUUUACAGAUUAAUCAGUUGCUGCUUGUGUGGGGUGCAAAUAAACGUUAAUACGAACCAAGA